GAGGAGGACACACACUUCAUUCACACGUUUUCCUCCCCCUGCCGUAUGAAUAGUGUGUCUGUGAGCAUGCGGCAUUCAGGGAGCGUUGAGCAGUAGUGCCUGCACUGCUUAGCUGCAUUCUCGCAAAAGAUCUGGGGCAAGAACGCAGCAGACCAUGCAUAAACACAGAGACUGAAGGAGAUAAUGGUGCCCAGCUACUCUUAGGAACUGAAGAGCUACAUCAGUCCAUGUUUUCACUCACACAGUCUCUGUCUUUGCUAACAGAGAGCAGUGAAACUUGUGUUUGCUUUACAUAAUAGGCUACAAUAGCUGUUUUCUAAAUUUGUCUCAACCAUUUUUUUCAAAAAUGGGGUGCUCCUCAUCCAGUUCACAGACUGUUGACCAAGAGAAAAGACCUGGGACAAAGCCAGAGGAGAGCAAUGGAGAUACAGUGGCCGUCAGAAAUGGUUUCAUCGCAGAAGAUGCACAAACCAUCGAGGAUCAGAUGCAGUUGCCAGUGCAGACUGCCUUACCAGAUGAUCUUCAACCGGGAGCUGAUGAUGAGGCGGAGGCCGUGUUAGUAGCCCUUGAGGCCCAGGAGGAUCUUGGAUCUGGGGAAGAUCUUCUGGCUGCUCCUGAGCCUCAGCCAGAACCUGUUGCGCCUGCAGAGCCAGCUUCAGAGGCAGCUGUUACAGCCGAAGACGUUACUGAACCUGAGGCUGCUGUGGAGGCGUUGCCCCCUGUGGAGGAAGCUACCCCUGUAGAAACUGUAGUAGCUGAGGCCGCUUCUGAGGUCAAAGCCCCUGUUGAGGCUACAGAGGAGGCCCCUGCUGUUGAAUCUGUUGUAGCUGUGCAGGCAGAGGCCCCUGCUGCUGUUGAGGAGGUGAAUCCUGAGCCAGCUGAGGCCUCUCCUGAAGUCGCCACCCCGGCUGUUGAACCUGUUGUAUCUGAGCCAGCAGUGAUUGUGGAAGAGGCUGCAGCUGUAGCGUCUGAGGCCCCUGCUGAAGUGGCUGCUUCUGUGGAGGCAGAAGCUCCAACUGACAAUGCUGCACCAGUGGCUGCCUCAACAGCACCAAGUGAGGCCUCAGUACCAGCAGCUGCACCAAUUGAGGCUGCAGCACCACCACCAAGUGAGGCUGCAGCACCAGUAGCAGCACCAAGUGAGGCUGCAGCACCAGUAGCAGCACCAAGUGAGGCUGCAGCACCAGCAAGUGAAGCUGCAGCACCAGCAAGUGAAGCUGCAGCACCAGCAAGUGAGGCUGUAGCACCAGUAGCAGCACCAAGUGAGUCUGCAGCACCGGCAAGUGAGGCUGCAGCACCAGUAGCAGCACCAAGUGAGGCUGCAGCACCAGUAGCAGCACCAAGUGAGGCUGCAGCACCAGUAGCAGCACCAAGUGAGGCUGCAGCACCAGCAGCACCAAGUGAGGCUGCAGCACCAGCAAGUGAGGCUGCAGCACCAGUAGCCGCACCAAGUGAGGCUGCAGCACCAGCAAGUGAGGCUGCAGCACCAGUAGCCGCACCAAGUGAGGCUGCAGCACCAGCAAACCAGCAGCACCAGCAGCACCAAGUGAGGCUGCAGCACCAGCAGCACCAGCAGCACCAGCAGCACCAGCAGCACCAAGUGAGGCUGCAGCACCAGCAAGUGAGGCUGCAGCACCAGUAG